AUGAUCAAACCCUUAAUAUCCUUAAUAUGCUACAACCAUCCAUCAUCUGAAACCGGUGAUAGAAAAAACGUUGCUCCUUACCACCCAUUAUCUGAAACCAGUGGUGGAAGAAACAUUGUUCCUUACCAUCCAUCAUCUGAAACCAGUGGUGGAAGAAAUGUUGCUCCUUACCAUCCAUCAUCUGAAAACAGUGGUGGAAGAAACGUUGCUCCUUACCAUCCAUCAUCUGAAACCAGUGGUGGAAGAAACGUUGCUCUUUACCAUCCAUCAUCUGAAACCAGUGAUGGAAGAAACGUUGCUCCUUACCAUCUAUCAUCUGAAACCAGUGGUGGAAGAAACGUUGCUUCUUACCAUCCAUCAUCUGAAACCAGUGGUAGAGGAAACGUUGUUCCUUACCAUCUAUCAUCUGAAAACAGUGGUAGAGGAAACGUUGCUCCUUACCAUCCAUCGUCUGAAACCAGUAAUGGAAGAAACGUUGCUCCUUACCAUCCAUCGUUUGAAACCAGUGGUAGAGGAAACGUUGUUCCUUACCAUCCAUCAUCUGAAACCAGUGGUAGAGGAAACAUUGUUCCUUACCAUCUAUCAUCUGAAACCAGUGGUAGAGGAAACGUUGCUCCUUACCAUCCAUCGUCUGAAACCAGUGGUGGAAGAAACGUUGCUCCUUACCAUCCAUCGUCUGAAACCAGUGUUACUACCCAAAAAGUUAAUUAG